AUGUUUGAUGCUGCCUCUUCCUGCCACCUCCGCCUCUUCCUCCCCCCCCCUCCUCUGCCUCUCCUGCCCCCUCCUCUGCCUCUUCCUCCCCCCUCCUCCGCCUCUUCCUCCCCCCUCCUCUGCCUCUCUCCCUGCCCCCUCCGCCUCUCCCUGCAGCCAGAUUUGGAGCGGAUCGUUCGAGCAGCCCAUGCAGAGGGCCGCCGCAUCCGCCCUGUGGGCAGCGCCAUCUCCCCCAACGGCAUUGCGCUGAGCGCCCAUGGCAUGGUCAAUCUGGCGCUCAUGGGGCGAGUGGUGUGUUUGGAUAAGAGCACCGGGAACCGGAGAGCAUUCAGACCAGCUGCUAAGUCCGCCCCCCCUUCUUCCUCCUUGCCUCUCUCCCUGUUCUCUCUCGCAGGAUUUGGAGCGGAUCGUUCAAUCAGCGCCAUCCCCCCCCACGGCAUCGCUCUGAGCGCGCACAGCAUGGUCAACCUGGCGCUCAUGGGCCGAGUGGUGUGUUUGGAUGGGCAUAGCAGCAGCUAUUGCCGUACACCCAUCCCCCUUCUCCCCUGCUGCCCCCUCUCCCCCACUUCCUGA